UGUACUAGAUUCAAAAUAGACGAAAUAAAAUAGUGUACACGUUGGCUGUUUGUAAAAUAAAUCAUUCAGAUAUAGCAAUGAAAGUGAAGAUUUUGCAACUAUAAUAAUCAAGUCUUUGGUGCCGUGUUUUGAGCAAAGAAAAUAAGUACCAUGAAUAAGGUUAAUGUCAAAUUAAUGAGAUUGUUUAACAAGUAUGGUGAAAUAAAAGAUGAAGUUAAACAAGAGGAGGUCAAAUGCGAGAAAGUUAAAGAAGCUUCCUAUCCACCGAUCAACUUUUCAUGGUUAGUGGAUAACAAAAUAGCGGGUAUGGGUUGCCCUCAAAGUGUUGCCAGUUUAAAUUAUUUAGCAGACGUUGGCAUCAAUCAAUUAAUUACUCUGUCGCCUGAGAAGAUCCCGCCGUUGUUGGAAUGCGAUAUAAAUUUAAAAUGGACGGAAAUAAGGAUCAAGGAAUUCGGAGCGCCCACCUUGAAGCAAAUUAUCAAAUUUAUUGAAAUCUGUGAAAGAGCAGACAUCAGAGGAGAGGCGGUUGGUGUACACUGUCGCCAUGGCCGAGGACGCACUGGUACGAUGCUGGCGUGUUAUCUGGUCUGCUUCAAAAGAAUGACGCCUGAAAGAGCCAUACUCACUGUAAGAACUUUGAGACCAGGCUCUUGUGAAACUGCUGAACAACAGCAGAUGGUGUGUCAUUACCAUGAUUGUUUAAGAGGAACUAUAUCAAAACCGGACUACAGGCUUGUCGAUGACAAAUUAUAUUUCGAUUUAUCCAUGAAGUACAUGUACGAUGAAGAGGAGAAGCAGCUAGAGAAAGAAGAUGAACAGGAACAAGAACAAGAGUCACAUAACAAAGAAUUUAUGGACGAAUUAGCAGUAAAGACUUUUCUGCACGAGUUAAAAAAUGGAGGCCGCAAAAAGUCAAAAGCGAUGGUCAUUAACCACAAGAUAUAUUUUUAAAUAAUAACGUAUUUUCGUUUUAAUAUUAAAAUUAAAUAUCAACGGAAGCUAAA